AUGGGGAAGGUUUCCUUGUACCUUGGUGUGAUGCUGCUGCUAUUGCUGGCGGUAGGACUGGCUGAGUCUCGAAAAUUGGAGAAAGUUGAGCAUACUGAGAGCAUAAGAGGUGGUUUCGGUGGAGGAAGUGGAGGAGGAUUCGGUCAGGGCGGUGGUUCCGGAGGUGGCUUUGGAGGUGCUUCUGGCGGUGGUUCCGGAGGUGGCUUUGGAGGUGGUUCUGGCGGUGGUUCCGGAGGUGGCUUUGGAGGUGGUUCUGGCGGUGGUUCCGGAGGAGGGUUUGGAGGUGGAGCCGGAGGCGGUGCUGGCGGCGGCUUUGGUGGUGGGGCUGGUUCAGGUGGAGGAAUUGGUGGCGGAUUUUGA